AUGACCUUUGUGGACUACAUCAACAAUAUAAGACCAGAGCUGAAAUUUACCCUGCACCAAGACUCAGAACGUGUCUCCUUCCUCGACACAUGGGUGAUUAGGGGCACUGACAAUAAGAUUACUACUGACUUAUAUGUCAAGAAAACUGACAGGAAUAGUCUCUUGUCAUUCCAGAGUAAUCACCCAUCGACUGUAAAAAAAUCCUUGCCAUACUCACAAUAUAAAAGAGUGGCCAAUAUUGUUAUGGAUCAGGACACACGUGACCUCAGGUUACGGGAGAUGACUCAGAAAUUUAUAGACAGAGGCUAUCCGCCCUGUCUAUUACAUCAACAGCUAGAUAAGAUAAGAAACCCCACAGAAAGGAAGGACAAAGGACAGAGAAUACCACUAGUGGUAAAAUACCAUCCUUGGAUGGACCGAGUUAGGGCUGUCAUCUACAAACACUGGAACAUCUUACAAAAAUCAUAUCCUGCAAUUCAGGAAUUUAGGGACCGUCCCAUGAUGUGCUUUAAGCGAAAUAAAAACAUUAGAGACAUGAUUGUGCGGGCGGACAUGUCACUUUUUGAUGAGACUUCUUCGGACCUUCCUGUGAAAGACACUGACUGCCGACCAGCAGUGAUUGCAGCCAUACAAGAUGUAGCAAAAGCAGCUCGCUGCCAGAGCCAUUUGUCUAAAAAGACCCCCAAAUUGAAAGAGAAAGAUCUGAAGGCUAGACGGAGAGUCUUUCUAAUAUCCCGUGAGGAGCUAGAGGACAAUUUUUUGCGUCUUCAUGAGGAAAAUCUAAUACUCAAAGAUUAUGCCAGGAAGCAAGAAGACAAACUCAAGAGAAUGGCCACUAAGUUGCUUCGUUUGACUUCGGACCUUGGGAAACAAGGACAAAAGAAGGCACCAGGUGCACGGAGAGAUGGAAGAGACUUAGAGGCUGAGGAAAUGAUUGAGGACUUGCAAGAGCGUGUGAGAGACUUAGAGCGUAGAAAUGAAGCCCUAAGGCAUCGACUAACUACUUACAAGCAUAGGCUGCAGUUUCAAAAUGGCUGCCGACAUUGGCCCUAUAGCACAGUAACAGCUCGGACAGAUUCCGGUGUUAGGAAAGCCACAGUAUUGCCAGAUAAAUAUAAGAAAGGUCUAGUUGUGCAAGGGCCAGAUUUUGGACACCCACACAUGACUGGUGAUUUUUAUGGUGAAGCUCUCAGUGAUGAAGCCAGAGCUGAUAUUGACCGACUGUUCCAGAUCAUUGGGAGACAAGCCAGUAGUGGGGAUGAUCGGUCUACAGCCUUAUUAAAAACCAUGGUUAAGCCAAAAGAAUUAGGAGCAGAGAUGAUACUUUCCCUGCAUCAAAUGCAGCAAGUGGAGGAUCAACGGACAACGAUUCAGGAAAAUGUGACAAAUAUCCGUUUGCAAAAGGAACUCAGAGAAAAGAGCACAAGUCUCUGUGCCCUCAGAGAACAAUUCCAACAACUCAAAGAGUCUUAUGAGACAGAGCUACAAGAGAAGCAAAAGUCAUUGACUCUCAGUCACAAAGCAGUGUUGACCCAGCUAGAAAACCUCAGCUCACAACUGAAAGACGAAAGAGGAAAGGUGCUAGCUAUGGAGAUUGAUCAGCAGAACAUGGCCCAUCUUCAGAAGUCACUUCUUGAGUUUCAGGAGCGAGUCUCUGAUCUUGAGAAGGAGAAAGAACUUCUUAAAGAAAACUAUGAGAACCUUCUGAAAAGUUCACUGGACACAGAAAACAUGAACUCCUGGAAAGUGACAGAGGUCGAGUUAAAGGCACAGAUUAAAAUGCUGGAGGGACACAUUCAAUGUCACGUAAUUGAUCUUACACAAAGCAGGGAGCUUCUUCGGCAAGAGAAAGAGCAAAAUGAACAUCUAAAGAUUGUUUCUCAACUCCAGUCUCAACUCCUUGAGAAGAUGCAGGAAAUCCAUAAUCUCCAAGACAAAGUAUCAGAUCUUUUGAUUUUAACAACUACUAAGCAUGGUUUCAAGGAGGAGGACAUGAAAAGACAAAAAGCCCAGCCAACCAAAGUUGAAAACAUUCAAAAGGCAACAGAAAGAAAUGUCAGAGAUCAAAAUGAUCUAUGGGAUGACCGAAAAGAAAAGACAGGAGAGAAAAGUAACCAGAGACAAUUAGAUUUGGUAUCAAAUAUGGGAAGUGCAGAUGUCCAAAGAGAGGAGAAAGAGAGGACAGAUAUGGAGGAGAAGGAGAAAAGGAGGAAAAGGAGAAUGCGGGAAAUGGAAGCAGAUCUUGCUGAGACUAUUCUGGAGUUGCAGAAAACUCGUGAGAUGCUAUGCUUACAGCAUAAAAUCAACAAUGAUUACCAGGAGGAGCUGAAAACUGUAAAGCUCAGAUUAGAAUGUGAAAGUCGAGAGAAUGAGGAAAAGGUACGUCACUAUGAGACCAGACUUCUUCAGCGGAACUCCAGAGUCCAGAUGUUGGAAGCUCAGCUGAAAGACAUUGCAUAUGGCACAUUUCCAUUCAGAUUAAAUACUGAAGAGUCUCCUUCUUCUGAGGUUGGAAUCUCCCCGUCGCCAUCUCUGCAUCGUGGGGAAACUCUGUUUGAGGUUCAUAUUGAAGAGAUCUGCUUCAACCCUUAUGGCAUAAGAAUGAUUGGAGACCCUGAACCAAUCACAUUCUGUAUUUAUUCCCUCUAUGACUUUGAGACCCAUGCAACCCCUGUUGUUGCAGGAGUCAGGCCUCAUUACAACUUCACAUCUCGCUAUGCAGUAACUCCAGAUCCCGAAUUCCUGCGCUACCUAAGAGUUGGGACACUAACCCUUGAGCUUUAUCAGGUUAAAGGAGUUGACCACUAUGAACUAGCAAGAGGACGUCUGAAACUAGAAUCCGCACUGCAGACUACAGACAGAGUGCACAACUCUACCAUUCUAACUGACGAAGCUGGGGAGACCAUUGCGGAACUGAGUUACUGGCUGCGGCUGCAUGGACCCCUGUCCCAUGUUCAGUGUCUUCAAAGACAAAGAAACAAAGCACACGGCUACUUAUCUACUCGCAGACAUGGAAAUACAGAAAAGUUCUGGAAAUCACCUUUAAAUAGCGGCCUCCAGAAUGAACUGAUCAUCAAGAUAUGGGGAUGUAGAAGUCUAAAAGCAAGUUAUUUGGGCCACCAACCAAGUCCAUACAUUGUAUAUCGCUUUUACCAUUAUCCAGACCAUACAACCUCUAUUAUACCCUGUAGCAACAACCCUCAGUUUGGGUAUGAAGCGGUCUAUCCCCUACAGAUGACGAUUGAGCUGGAGCGCUAUCUCCAACAGGAGCGCCUGUGUAUUUAUGUGUUUGAUGAUGAAGAAACUCAGUCUGGAGUUUACCUGGGGAAGGCUGAGGUGCCACUUCUGAGACUGGCACAGGGAAACAGCAUUAAAGGUGAUUUUGGGCUCAUGAAUCCUCAUGGCAUGUGUGUUGGUUCGGUACAGAUUAACUUGGAAUGGAAAACUCCUUAUCAUGAGCCUGGUCAGAGCCUCUGGGAAUCAUCUAUCAGUGAUGCUUCAAGGAUUAAUUUAAACAGUUCUGGACCAUCCAAAUCACGAAAGGCUGAGGAGGAACUGCAGAGAGAUGUGAGCGCUAACAAAAGAGGAAGAAGAGAUCCUUACUCAACAGACAAUCCAGAAAGAGGCAAGAAGCAGAAAGAGGCAAGACGUUCUCCCUCAACUCCCCAUCACCAGAGUGAUGAGAUGGACAUGAAUGUGGAGGAUAUUUUGAUAGGACCAGAAGUAAAACAGGAUGGACAUGAAGAAGAGAUAAAUGAAUCAGAUCAGCAAACAAUAUAUGUCAACUCCUUUAAAGCAGUCAGACAAGCCCUACCAAAAGGCAAUACAUUAAAUAGCCUUGAUGAAUCACUCAUUACAGAUAGUGAUGAUGAUGAUGAUGAUAUUGUCAUAUCCCCAGAACCAUUACUUACAUAUAAAUUGUCUUCAUCCAGGAUGCGGGUGGAGGUGGCCUCUCUAACUUUAGACCCUUGCUCACAUGUGGCAACUGAUAAAUCAGUGGAAAGAGUGUUUGUGGAAUUUCAUUUUCCUGGUGUUCCUCCUGAAGAAACAGAAACCCCUUUAUCACUUCGCAAGCCUAUCAAUGGUGAAGAAAUAUUCUACCAUUUCAGCAAAGUGAUCCAUCUUGCUGGUGAAAACCAUGUCGAACGUAGACAUUUCCUCGAUAUGCUUCUACAGGGAUCAGACUCUGCAGGAGAAAGAGUCAGGUUAACGUUUACAGUGGUAAGCGAUCCAAUAAAUGAAGAAGAAGAUGAGUGUCGUGAUUUAGGAUAUGCCUAUCUAGACCUGAGGAACCUAUUAAGAAGAGAUGUAGAGCCAGCAGAAGAAACUCUACAGGUUUCAAAUGUAACUGAUCCAAGAGAAAUAAUUGGAACUCUACGUGUGGUAAUAGAAGCCAGAGAAGCAGCACGGGCUGUGUACAGAGAGAGAAAAAUGAAGUCUAGAGUCCAAUGA